AUGGCAGAGCGCACAGACAACUUGCUCGAUCGUCUGUUCCCCCUUCCCUCAGCCGCCCCUUCCCCGCUCUGUCCAGGACGGUUUCCGGGCAUCACACAUGCAUCCAAAGUCGCUGUGACCGAGGUUUUGAAGGCGAACCAUUUGGAGCGACACUCCUUCACUAACGAGCAUGGAUUUCACAACCAUGCAUCUCACCACUUACUGGCCGCGUUUGCCUUGGGUGCACCUGCGCGCGUCUUCAGUGCCAUCUAUGAGGUUCAAAUGGGGCGGACACGUCCGGCGUCGAAGAUCUCGAAGAGCAUUACAAGGGAGACUUUCUGGUAUCACAUUGGAGACAGAACCUUCUACGAGGGAUACCUGCUGUACUUCAGCGACGUCGUCCUCAAGGACGGAGCCGCUUCGGCUAUUGAGGAGUACAUAUUCGCCAAGUCAGCCAACUUUCAUGACACGGCCAAAGUUCCAAGGAGGAUGAUGAACAGGCACUUUGCGAUGCUGUACCACCCCAUGAUCUAUCUUGCAUAUGGGCUGGAGUUUGGCAUUCCUGGACUUGUCGCGGAGGGUGAGUGA